AUGAUGCUGAGGAUGAUGGGAGUUCUGCUGUGCGCUGCGCUGGUCGCCUGCGUUGACGUCAUGCCCCAGAAAGACUUCAACCUGGAGAAGGUAAGAGAGAGAGAAAGAGGGCGAGAGAAGGAAACAUACUGAGAGAACAAAUGACAUAGAGAAAGCACAGACAAAAAGCUGAGAGAAAGGGGCUGUACAAGAGAUUCUGAGGUGUAAUGGGGUCAGAGGUCAGAGUAGAGAGAGAGGACACAGUGUAUAAUCUGCAAUGACUAUUGAAUCAAUUUCAAUUGUGAGAAUGAAUUAUAUGUCAUUCUUAUUCUGUUUCUAACUAUAUCAUUCUCUCUCCCCAGAUGGCUGGUAAGUGGUGGAUUGUGGGCUUUGCCACCAACGCCCAGUGGUUUGUGAACCAUAAGGCUGGCAUGAAGAUGGGCACUUCCAUGAUGCUGCCAACCGCCGGAGGAGACCUGGACCUCACCUACACCAACCUGAAGUGAGUGUGUGUGAGAACACAUUAUGUGCAUGUGUGUGUGGGCGUGUGUUUGUGUCCAUAGAACUCAUACUGACUCUGCUCUUUCUCUCUCAGCGCUGAUGGUUCUUGCUGGAGGAUGACACAUCUAGCCAAGAAGACUGACAUCCCAGGCCGCUUCACCUUCACCAGCCAGAGUGAGUAUGCGCACACACACACAGUCAACAUAAGUUCACCUCCCUAACGUUCCUCCCCUCCUCUCUUUCUCACUCUCUCAGGUUGGAACAAUGAAAAUGACAUGCGUGUGGUGGCUGUCCAGUAUGAUGACUUUGCUCUGAUCCACACCAUCAAGACCAAAGACGGAGUACCUGAGGUGCUCAACAAGCUCUACAGUAAGUCUGUCUGGCUGUCUGUAUUUCUGAAAUUAAUUCAAGCUUUUUAAGAUUUUCAUGUUUUGUGUGUGAAAAUAAUCAUAGUUGUACUUUGGUCUCUGUUUUUAGCCUGGUCAUGUACAGUCGCAUUCCGUUAACCUGGUCAUGUUGUGUUAACCUGGUGGUGUUGUGUUAACCUGGUGGUGUUGUGUUAACCUGGGGGUGUUGUGUUAACCUGGUGGUGUUGUGUUAACCUGGGGGUGUUGUGUUAACCUGGGGGUGUUGUGUUAACCUGGUGGUGUUGUGUUAACCUGGGGGUGUUGUGUUAACCUGGGGGUGUUGUGUUAACCUGGUGGUGUUGUGUUAACCUGGUGGUGUUGUGUUAACCUGGGGGUGUUGUGUUAACCUGGUGGUGUUGUGGUUGCAGGUCGCACUCCAGAGGUGAGUGUAGCGCUGCAGCAGAAGUUCAUGCGGUUCUCUCUGGAUACAGGAAUCAGCUCUGACAACAUCGCUAUCCUGCCCAAGAAC